AUGAUGUCCCAUUACUACGAGCCCUACCAUCGUUGUGAGACACUUGCUGAAUUUAAUUUUUAUUUUGGUGGUGAUAAUGAAGAAGAAAUGGAUGAUGACGAUAAUUAUAUUUACUGUUACUGCAGCAGAGUGUAUAUAAAAGAUGGCGUUGACACCUACUUUGUUGACAAAGAGUAUGCAAGUGAAAGUGAUGUUGAAGUCCUGCGGGACUCACAGUCCCAAGAUUUGGAGGACCACUCCCAUGUGCAUUUCUCUUUAGAUGCUUCUUACAAAAAUAAAUGUGAGAGAGAUGAUGUUGCAAGCUGCUACUGCAGUGCAUCCCACACUGAGAACUGCUGUUCUACUGACGAACAUGAUGCAGGCCACACUCACGGCACUAUCUCCCAUGCACUACAGCCCAGUGAUAGCGGUGCCGACCUUACCUACCAAGACUAUCACUUUGAAGGUCAUGAUAAACUCGAACGAAUGGAUGAAGACCUCCCAGAUUCUCCAGAAAACUAUUUAGCUGAAGAUACAUGGGAAAAGUUUUGGGCCAUUCAUGGAGAAAGACUGAUUUGGGCAUCCUGGAUAAAGAAGUACAGUGACUACAUCAACCCAGCUUACUUGGACGAAAAUAACGACUUAGUUCUAGAUGAAAACAACAUACCAAAGCAGCAUUCUGUCGAUCAGAUUUAUAAGAAACAGUCGGAAACUACUCAGAAAGUAGAAGAUGAAGAAAUGAGGGAAAGGAAAUUCUCGUAUGAUUCGAAAGUGAAUCCUUAUAAAAAGCGUAAUUCUCAAAAUCAAUCCGAGAAGACUGAUAAAAAUAAUGAAUUAAAUAAAGAUGAAGCUUGGUUGCCAAUAGCUAGGCGUCGGUCCUGUUCUGAACAUGACAGAAUUUUAAGUCCGAGAACCGUAGAUGGGACAGACUCCAUGACUAACGUGACCCGGCUCACUCUAUCUAGCUACGAUGUUACUUCUAGCCACAUCACAUCAGAAUCUACGCCUACCGACACUGACUACAGUGUGUCAUCAUCCUCGUCCGACGACCCGUCGAAUGAUCAGACGAGGAUAGCGAACUUAGAAGAAAAGUACGAAAAUCUAGAAGUGCAAACAGAUGAGUUAGAUCCUGAGCAAUAUUGGCAAUAUUUGUGGAAGAAACAUUUCGGAGAACAGUACGCCUUGCAUUUUGCGCACUACACAGAACACCACAAUGCUCAAGCCAACGAGGUGCCAGCUAUACAGAUCGAAGUUGUACCAGAACCAGCGAAAAUUGAAGAAAAGCUCUUAGAAAUAGAAUGUGAAAACAGUGAAGGAAACUCUCAAGAAACACCUACAGUUAUUGAAUUACAAAAGCAAACAGAUCAGAUCUCCUUAGAGGACAAGCCUAAACCUGAAAAAAAGAAAAAGAAGAAGAACAAUCCUUAUUAUUCUUCUUCUUCUUCUUCUAGUAAUAAGAAGAAAGAUAGUGGAAGAUACAUAACUUCUGUCGGUGUUUUACUACAGAAUUUAUUAAAGGAAGAGCAGGCAAAGCAAAAUGAACUUACUGAUGUGGCAGAUAAAACAGAAAAUGACACGAAUAACACAGACAAUACGCAAAAAACUGAAAUGGAUGUAGUUGAUAGUACAACUGUUUCAAAUAAUACUGAAAACUUUAAUAGCAAUAAUAAUAAUAAUUCAAAUUCGUAUUCCAAUGACGGUGAUGAUGAACCGCCAGAAGACACGCCUGCCGUCUUAAAACGAAGCCAUGAACUCGACGACGAAGAGGACGUAGCUCAAGCUAAGAUAAAAAGCACCAUACAGAUGAUGGGAUUCUCUGUGGACACUGACAAGUUGCCCAAAGGCGAACUGAUUUAUAGAAAGCGGCCAGGCAAACUGCGCCCGCCUAGGCUAAGGAAAAACAUGGGCAAUAAGAAGACUUAUUUCGAUGAAGAUGGCAAUCCGUGCCAGCCAAAGGAUUCUCCAGACGAGAGGGAAAUGCAGACGGAUGAUGACUGCACAGAACUGAAGUCCGGUGGCACACCACGUCUCAUGUCCAAAGACCCAAGCUUGGAAGACGAUACGGCGAAAUUAUCAGAAGCAGCGGCAGUUGCUUUACCUUGCGACGCUGAUGAUGAUGACAAAGAACUGAAGACUGAAGGAUCUCAACACGAUAACUCUCGGAUGCCAGCGGAGCUUAGAGAAGACCCGAGGAUGCACAAAUACUGGAAGAAAAGGCACUCGCUCUUCCACAGGUUCGACGAAGGGAUCCAGUUGGACCGCGAGAGCUGGUUCAGCGUAACCCCAGAGAGCGUGGCGAGUCAUAUCGCUCAAAAAUAUAAAUAUGACGUUGUGUUGGACGCGUUCUGCGGUGCUGGCGGCAAUACCAUACAGUUUGCGAAGACCUGUAAUCGGGUCAUCGCGAUAGAUAUUGACCCGACCAAAAUUGAGAUGGCCCAACACAACGCUAAAGUUUAUGGCGUCGCGGACAAAAUAGAAUUUAUAGUAGGCGACUUCUUCCAGUUGGCACCGCAACUCAGUGCGGAUAUGGUCUUUCUCAGUCCGCCAUGGGGAGGCCCGUCGUAUUCAAAAAAUGCAGAAUAUGACAUCGAAUUGAUGCUGGAGCCAAGACCGGCGUCAGAGCUGUUGCGGGUGGCCCAUACGAUAUCGCCUAAUGUAGAGUUAUAUAUACCCAGGAACUCCAGGCCCGAUCAAAUUAUAUCUAUUGCAAAAGAGGUUGGGUGCUCUGUUGAAAUAGAGCAGAGCUUCCUUGAUAGACGUUUCGUGGCUAUAACAGCGUACUUUUUCUAA